UGUAUUUCAAAAAAUGCUAUUUUGUCCGAAAUAACAUUUUACUCAGUUGAAAUCAGAAAGAAAUAUGGCGGAUGAACAGGAGCAGCAAGCCCCAGUACAAAAUGUUGAGGAGCCCCUUGAUCUGAUUCGUCUAAGUCUGGAUGAAAGAAUUUAUGUGAAGAUGAGAAAUGAGCGUGAGCUCAGAGGAAGGCUUAAUGCCUAUGAUCAGCACUUGAACAUGAUUCUAGGAGAUGUGGAGGAAACUGUCACAACAGUAGAAAUAGAUGAAGAGACAUUCGAGGAAAUAUACAAAACUACAAAGAGGAACAUCCCAAUGCUGUUUGUGAGAGGAGAUGGGGUUAUUCUGGUUUCUCCACCAAUGAGAACUGGAACAUAGAUGAUCGACAGCCAAUCAAAAUCAUCCACAUAUUUGUACAUACUAUUCACACUGCAAUUGUUCAUUAAACAUGUUCACAAAAUAA